CGUCACGCCACUUUAAUUCAUUUGAAAAUUACUGUGUAUAUGAAUCGUUUCACGAAUAGUUGCAGUUUGUAUUCUAUUAUUAUACCCUCAACAUGAUCCUUUCCAAGUCGCGGUCACUGAUCAUUCUCACCAGAUUUGUGUCCACCGAAAGCGCGAAAAAUGCUUCCGCCGAAUCGAUAGCUGUCGAUCCUAAAGACAGUUACUACAAGAAAAUCGGGUACGGAGUGUCUAAGGAGAAUGAAGGAAAGCCUGAAGGGUGGGAUGAGGCCAAGCCCUUCGAGGAGAUUCCUGGACCCAAGCCCAUUCCCAUUUUAGGGAAUGCGUGGAGGUUUUUUCCUUUGGUUGGGGACAUGCAUAACAUCCAAAUCAUCGAUUUGCACACCAAAUUUAGAGAGCAAUAUGGUGAUAUAGCUUACUUUUCUGGGAUUCAUGGAAAGAGACCAAUGGUUUUUUGUUACAAUCCAGAUGAUAUUGAAAAGGUUUUGAGAAAUGAAGGACCAUGGCCUAUAAGAUAUGGAAUGACUGCUUUUGUCCACUACAGAAAGAAUGUCAGAAAAGAUGUGUUUCAGGAUGUUGGUGGCGUAUUAACAUCUCAAGGAGAAGAAUGGUUCAAUAUUCGUUCAAUUGUAAAUAAAAUCUUGAUGCAGCCCCGAACUGCAGAAAUGUACGUCGGCAGUAUGGACACAAUUGCUAGGGAUUUGAUCGACAAUAUACGUCAUUUUUCCAAAGCAAGCACCGAUAAUUUAAUGCCUGAGGAUUUUCAAAAUGAAUUAUACAAGUGGGCUUUGGAAUCUAUAGGAGUAAUAUCUUACAACAAAAGAUUCGGUGCACUGAAAAGAGAUCUAUCCAAGGAUUCUGAUGAACAAAAAUAUAUUUCUUCUGUCGUUGAGAUGUUUGAGCUAUUUUUCAAACUAGAGGUCUUACCAUCUUUAUGGCCUUAUAUUAGUACCAAAACCUGGAGAAGAGCAGUAGAGCUCCUCGAUUUUCUUACAGAUGUAAAUCAAAGAUCCAUUGAAGAGUGCAUUCGGGCAGCCGAUCCCAAUCCGAACAUACCCGAUCAUGAGCGAAGUGUCUUGGAAAGAUUGUUAAAAAAAGAUCGCAAAGUAGCUGUUGCAAUGACUACAGAUAUCGUGAUAGCCGGUGUAGAUACGACGGGCAGAACGAUGGCUGCAGCUCUGUAUUUCCUAGCAAAAAAUCCAGAUAAACAAAAACGAUUUAGAGAGGAACUGAAGAAACAUCUACCAAGCAAAGAGAGUGCUGUUACGAAAGAAAUGUUAAAGGAUUCUCCCUAUUUAAAAGCUGUCAUUAAAGAAACUACGAGAUUAGCACCAAUAGCUCCCGGAAAUAUGAGAACGACUAUUAAAGAUUUGGUACUUUCUGGAUACAGAAUACCUAAAGGGACUGAUGUAGUCUCUGCAAAUAUUUUAUUGUCGCACGACGAAAAAUAUUACGUGAAACCAAAAGAAUUCAUACCAGAAAGAUGGCUCAGAACAACUCAAGAAAAUUACUCGUAUAAAAACGUACAUCCGUUCGUCACUUUACCAUUUGGAUUUGGGCCCAGAUCUUGUAUUGGCAAGCGUUUGGCGAAUUUGGAAUUGGAGGUUGGACUGUCCAAAAUUAUUAGGAAUUUUGAAUUGUCGUGGCCUCAUCCUGAUGCCAAAUUUGGUGCCAAACUCCUUUAUGGCAUUGAAGAUCCAUUAAGGUACAAAGUUGUUGAAGCAGCAGAUUAACACUAACUAAUUAAUUAUUAUUGUUUAUAUUGAAUUUUUAAAAGAAAAAUAUUAGUUUCUAAGUAAGAUAUCGUUGAAUUUAAUAUAAUUAUUUUACUAAAUUAUUAUAUAAGAGUAGAAAAUAAUGAAUUUAUGUUUUUUAAAUAUUUUUGUCCAAAGUUAAUAAUAAUGAUGUCAUGUAAUAUGUUAUAUUUUUUUUUUGAAAUCUAAAUAUAAUAGAGAAUAAGAAAAU